UGAUUGUGGCUUAUGUUCAGCUGAUACAACAAAAUAAUUUCAAACAAGAUAAGUCCAGUAAAACAGACCGUCGUUAUAUUCCCCAAAAUAGUAGGGAAAGAACCUCAAGCAGCCUAUGGCCCUAUGACCCUAUCUAUAGAUCAUAACCAUAUUAACAGCAUUUUAUCCACUGUUACAAUUUGUUGGGCUAAUUUUCCCGCUAAAAUUGAUGCUACUACUCUCUGCAAAUCCAAUUCAACCAUGGAACUCCACUGUUCCUACACUCUCUCUCCUCCACCAUUGCAAGACCUUCAACGACAUCAAACAAAUUCAUGCUCGCCUAAUUACAACUGGGUUCAUCAAAAACCCUAAUCUUACCCAUAAAAUUAUCCUCAAUUUCUCUUCUUCUCCUUAUUCUCCUUUAAUCCUCUUUGCUCGAUUCCUAAUGUUGUCGCAACAUAAUUUGAUUUCGAACCCAGAAACCCGUUUCGAUCCUUUUCUUUUUAAUUUGGUUAUUAAGUCAGUUUCUGCUGGUAAUUUUGAACCAAAGGAGGGUCUUUUCAUCUUCAGUUUCAUGAUUGAGAAUGGUGUUUGUGUUGAUAAAUACUCGUUUUCUUUGGUUCUGAAAGCUUGUUCUCGAUCUGGGUUUUUGAAAGAAGGGAUGCAGAUUCAUGGGUUGUUGAAAAAAUUGGAUUUUGGGUCGGAAUUGUAUCUGCAAAAUUGUUUGAUAUCUUUGUAUGUGAAAUGUGGGUGUGUUGAGCUUGCACGCCAAGUGUUUGAUAGAAUGCCCAAGAGAGAUUCGGUUUCUUAUAAUGCGAUGAUUGAUGGGUAUGUGAAAACAGGGUUUUUGAGCCUUGCUAGGGAGUUGUUUGAUUGUAUGCCGAUCAGAGACAAGAAUUUGAUAUCUUGGAAUUCUAUGAUUGGUGGUUAUACACAAUUCGAAGAUGAGCUUGAUAAAGCUUGGGAGUUGUUUGAGGUAAUGCCUAAGAGGGAUAUGGUUACUUGGAAUUUGAUGAUUCAUGGACUUGUGAAAUGCAAACAAAUGGAAGUUGCCCAUGAUUUAUUUAACCGAAUGCCUAAAAGAGAUGUAAUCACUUGGGCCACAAUGAUCGAUGGUUAUGCAAAGAUCGGUACUCUUGACAUUGCUAGGAAUUUGUUUGAUCAAGCCCAUGGAAAGGAUAUAGUGGUUUGCAAUGUCAUGAUGGCUGGAUAUGUUCAAAAUGGAAAUUUCCUCGAAGUACUGAAAUUCUUCCAUGGUCUAUUACAAAUGGACUAUUUGUUCCCUGAUAGAAUUACGCUCUCUUUAGUUCUUUCUGCCAUUGCUCAAUUAGGACAGGUUGAUGAGGGAAUUGCUGUGCAUUCCUAUAUUCAGACCAUUGGAAUUACCAUUGAUGGGAGUCUGGCCGUGGCUCUUAUAGAUAUGUAUUCAAAGUGUGGCAGCAUUGAUAGUGCAAUUCAGGUAUUUGAGAGCUUGGAAUGGAAAGAUGUUGAUCAUUGGAAUGCCAUGAUAGGAGGGUUAGCUGUUCAUGGCUUAGGUGAAUUGGCAUUUGAGCUUUUCAUGGAGAUGCAUAAACUCCUUCUGAAGCCUGAUGAUAUUACAUUCAUUGGUCUGCUAAAUGCUUGUGGUCAUGCUGGUUUAGUGAAGGAAGGAAAAAUGUGUUUCGAACUGAUGAGGAGAGUGCAUAAAUUGGAGCCAAAGCUUCAGCACUAUGGAUGCAUGGUUGACAUCCUCAGUCGAGCUGGAUACCUAAAAGAAGCGAAGAUGUUUGUAGACGAGAUGCCUAUUGAACCAAAUGACAUCAUUUGGAGGACAUUGCUUAGUGCUUGUAUUAAGUAUGGAGAUUUAAAUUUAGGGCAGCAGGUUGCCGAGCACCUUAUGAGGCUUGAUUCUAGGAACUCGGGCUCUUAUGUGCUUCUGUCUAACAUGUAUGCUGGAUUUGGCAUGUGGGAAGAUGUUAGCAGGAUUAGAUCUGUAAUGGAGAACAAAGCAUUGAAGAAACUUCCUGGUUGCAGUUCUAUUGAAAUCAAUGGAGCAGUCCAAGAGUUUCUUGUUAGAGAUAAUUCUCAUCCUCAUACUGGAGAGGUCUAUUCUUUGUUGGACAACUUCAGUGCUUCAGGAUUCAGCUUGAAGUUGGAAUCAGAAAUCACAGAGCUGGAACUAGUAAACUAGUUAGGUACGACUUCAUUCUAUUAAUCAUCGAAUGUAUGUAUGUAUAUAUUCCAUUUAUACUAUACAGAUAUGCAUGCAGAUUGCAGAAGCUUAAUGUAAAUGUAAUUAUAAACCAAAUAUGAUGUUAAUAGUCACUUUUUGAAGGUUGGCGACAAUACUUAAUGUCCAAUUGUCCAUCCAUAA